GAAAGGGCACUCAACGCGGCGAUGGAGGAGCACAGGGUGUCACGGUCAAGACCAAUGGCGAGAAGCGCCCCUCCCCGCUCACAAGAUGAGGACGAGCAGCGUGCGUCAUCUCCUCCAGCCGUCGCAUCGCCGCCACGCAGCCUGUGGUCCGCCCACAAGGCCUUCAUGCAGACCUGGGGAGGCCAGCUGGUAAGCGCUGAGGAUCCCCCGACGCGCGAGAGCCGCUUCCUGCGUGGAACUUGUGAGUGUGUGUGCGUGCGUGUGAUUGCAGGAGGAGUGGUGUCGGUUGCUGCUGUAUCUGCUGCCCGUUGAGGAGGCUGACCCAGCCACCGAGACCAGAGCACAACUCGGUGAGGGCAGGAAUGGAAUGGCCGCGCGGCAGUUCUUUCUGCUCGUGUUAUCACUUGUGUGUUGGUUUGAUGUGUGUGUGGGUUCUGUGCAGCGUACAGUGCGGUUGAUUUGUUCUCGCUGUACCGUGAGUCCGUGCAGGCGCCCGCAACCGACCUGCCCGUGCUGGCCCGACUCCCAAACAAACAAAAGUGAGACCAGAGGAGGAACACACCGAGCGAUGCAGUCAUCCUGGCGUGUCUGUUGUAUGUUGUAUGUGUGCAGGAUUGCGUAUGUGUGGCUGAGUCUGGUGCUGCGCAGCCUGCGGUGCAUCCAGGUGCUGCUCGAGAUGUGGGAGAGCAGACGACACGGGUUCAGGGCCUCCAUGAGGCUCUGCUUCAAAAUCGAAUGCGUCAAGUAAGAGGCAGACAGACAGAGAGAUACCACCAAACACCCACCAUGCACACAUCUAUCUGCUUUUCUGUCCGUUCCUUCAUCCUCACCAACCAGGCUGGUGCUUCGUGUGGCCAUCCAGCAGCUGUCGCCCUUCGGGCUCUAUGUCGACGAGGAGUGCCUCUGGUCAACCAGCACCGCUGCGCACCACCAGCUCGAACCACACUCGCAACACCAGUCGGCAUCACCAUCGGCCCCGGCACAUCCGGCCUCGCGCCUCCCGUGGGUCGGCCGGCGCACGGGCCGCACCAUCCGCGAGCUCACCACCCUCCCUCCUCCCGCACCAUCAGCGGCACCGCCACCAGCCCCCCUGCCAGAUUGGCAGCAGACGAUCCUCAGCUCUGUCGAUGCGGACGGGCCCGCCGGGCAGUCACAUGCGCAUCAGCAGGGCGCGGCGAGAGAGGGCGUCGGCACUCACGAGGGCGAGGGCGAGACCAGCAGCAUGGCGAGCAGCACCACUACCGCGUCGACAGACAGCGCCACAGCGGCACCAGGGGCAACGCACAAGCAGGACAGCGAGCCGUCGAGCAGCACCAAUGCGUCGCCCUCCCAGUCGCCCGACGUGCUGCCGCCGCCCAGCAGCCCAACACACGACGGCGACAGGAAGGGCAAGUUCGUCCCUGUCGGUGUGCGUGGGAGGGAUGCCUCUCUGACGUCGUCGUCGUAUCGCGAGUGCCCGUGUGCUGCGUGUGCUGCCGGUGGUGGAGAGGGUGAAGACGGUGACCAUGUGGACGUGGGAGAUGAGGCAUUUGGGCGGCGAGGGCGGUAUUUUGUGAGCGAGGCGGACCUGAAAGUGUUGUUUGACCAGUGGAUGGCGAUCAAGGACAUGGCCAGACAUGCAGCCGAUCCGUCGCGGUGAGUGCAGAGACAUCCAAUGGUUCCAGAUGCAUUGCAUUUCUUCUCCCUUUUGUGUGUGUGUGUCCGUUGCUGCCUUGCCUUACUACAGCCGUGGGUUAGUGUUGGGUGAGGCCCUGUUCCAUCUGCGGCCGCUGCUCCACUCCUUUCUGCUCAGCCAGGGCGGCGACAAACCCGGAUGGAUGCCAUGGGUCAUCGCUCUGGGUGCGUGAGACACAUCAGACCACCGAUGGCCUCUGUCGUCUUUGUGUAUCUAUGGGGGUGUCUGUCUGUCUGUGUCUGUCUGUUGCUCGUCAGGUAUGGAUUUGGUGAGUUCCCAGUGUCUGCACGGCCACGCGCGGCGGUGGAGCUCCUUCACGCCGUUCGAAAUGGCGGAGCUGCAGAGAAGGUCAGCCAUGUCACAUCACGAGAUCCACACCAGCCACAGCUGUCUUCACGUGUGUCUCAUAUUGUGCAUGUGUCUGUGUGCGUGUGCGUCAGGCGUAGCGCCUUGUCGUUGGCGCUGGUGCGGUCGCCGUUUUUCGACAAGUUCCUGGAAGCACCAUGUCAGCAAAUAAACAGACUCUGCGCGGCGGUCGUCACCACUAUUGGACUCUUGUGCCUGGGCUGUUGUUGUUGUUGUUGUUGUUUAUGCAGGUGUGCAGCUGGACCAUGUGAUCAAGCGCAUCCCGUUCCUGUCGCUCAUCAGCGCACUCGACACCUUCCUCGCACUCCGGCCAUACUUCUUCUCCACCAGCGGCAGCUGAGCUAGCUCAGCCCACACACACACACACACACAGCAUCUGUAAACACUGGUUGUGUGUUCUCUUCCCGGACACCAUCCAUCGUCCACACGGCGCACACGGCUUUUCCACACACACACCUAUGUGUACGCACAUGGCCGUUUUUCCUCUGCGUUAUUUAUUUUUUCUUUCCUCUUACUCGGUCGCCGCCGUGGAGUUUGUGUCUGUGUAUGUCUGUGUCGG